AUGAAAUCCCUCUUUAUCUAUCUCCUGAUUUGGGGCAAUCGGUCCAGCGUCAGCGCGGCCGGCCCCGGGGAAGCGGCGGAGGCCGGAGCGACAGGGGAGGGCAUUCUGAGCGGAGAGGAACUAGCACAACAAGAGCUUCCGGAGGGGUUCGGAAGAGGAGGUUUCGGAUGGAGCGGAUCUGGGAGGGCUGCAUGCCGCAGUGUAGAUCAUCUUCGCGACGCCGCGGCUGGAGACGAGACCUUUGACAAUCAAGACAACGACAGCCAAGGGGAGUUGCCUACAAACGGCGGUGCGUUUUAG